CUGACGCCUGAUUGAGGCUGCAGAUAUGAACUUCAAAAUACGAGCUGCCAAAAAAGAUGACUGCAAGGAUAUUUCAAGAAUGAUAAUGGAGUUGGCUACAUAUGGAAAAAUGCCUGAUGAGGUGAAGAUAUCUCACAAAGAACUGGAGCGUGAUGGCUUCUCCUCAAAUCCCUUCUUUCAGUGCCUGGUUGCAGAAGUGCCUGAGGAAAACAAAUCGAAAGAGGGACAUACAAUUGUUGGGUACGCCCUAUACAUUCACACUUACAGUACACUGAAGGGGCCAGCAGUCUACAUGGAAGAUCUGUACGUGAUGCCCGACUUCAGAGGACAAGGCAUUGGCAAGAGUUUAAUGAGCAAAGUGGCUCAGCUGGGGAAAGAGAAGCAGUGUAUGAGGCUGCAAUUUGCGGUACUGGACUGGAAUACUCCCUCUCUCGAUUUCUAUGUUGCAAAGGGAGCUCAAGACGUUACUGCGAGUGAAGGGUGGCACUUCCUUCGUUUUGAUGGAGAAGCCCUGGAUAAAUUAGCAAAUGAAGCUGAAGAUUAG